CAGUUCCUGCACACAGCUCAGCUCACUCCCUGACUCCUCCCCUCCAGUACUUGCUGGCCCGGACGAUGCCAUAGUCUGGUGCUGGCCUGGGCGUAUUACAUGUAUAUGGGUGUGACGUGAGGGGAGCUCUGUAGUGUACUGUACGCACACUGUAACACCCUGACCCCGGACACUGGAACAACACAGCACAGGGAGCCGGUGUGUUAGGUGUUUCCUGGCUGGUGCACUAUUAUACAUCACACGCAAGGGAUACAGCACGCACCGUUAUUACAGCAUAUAUGUAGGGGCACUAGUGGCGGUCGUGAUUAUCAAUUUGAAGAAACCUUUACAGCCAAUUCAAAUGGAUUACAAGCAAGUGGCAUCAGAAAUGUUCUCACUAUGUUCACAGCUUGAUGUUCUCAUCAGAGGGGAAGUACAGCAUUUACAGGAACAUGUUGCAGAUAAUACAUGCCUUGGAGAGUCUGACAUAUUUCAAGCAUUAGGUUCACAACUCGUUGACAGAAUGAAAGACUGUUUAAUCCACUUACCGGAGCCAACACCAUGCCUAGAGGACUAUCUUGACACUUCAGGGUUAUCAGUCCUUUUCCCAAGGGUUGAGAUAUACAUAAUACAUGAGAGACCUGUUGAUAUUUUGGAGCGUCCUCCAAUGGAUGAUUACUACACUCAUAUUGGGAAACUUAAUCAGCUCCUGGUUUUGAGUCAACAACUGGAGGAUGAUGUGAAGCACUUAGGAAGCCAUAAAUAUGUAGCUCAUCAGUUGUCAGUACUCUAUAAAGUUCUCAGUUAUUUUAGUGGAAGUCUUUAUCUAGACGUUCUAAAGAGAGACAUUGAAGCAAAUUUUAAGUCUGUGAAAUCUGCACUAACUACAUCCGAGGGAUCAAGACAGGAACCUCUUUUACCGGCAUAUCUUCUAACAUGGUUGUUAGGUCUCACACAGACAAUUAUUACAACAGUCUCCUUGCUCCCUGAAGAACUCAUUGGUGAAAUGUCCAUUCUUGCUUUCUCUUUGUAGUUGUAAUUUCCACAAGUAAUUAUUCAAUUUAGUUUAAUACAGUGUCCGGCACACUGGGACACUCCAGCAUGCUGAGAGUACUAGCUCAACAGUAGCUGAAGAGAGACAUAUUGUCACGCUGCCUCCCUCAGGUGUAAUAUCAUCUAAUGUUGCCAUAAUAUUACAUGUUGCCCUCAUCCUACAAUGUAUGCUGAAAUUAAAUGAUUGCAGUAUGGGUAAACAUGCUUAUGGGCUUGUUAGGUAUUACAUCACAAUCACAUAGAAAUGCUGCCAUUUAACUAUGAAUGGGAAAGGGGGCACAUUUCAGAAAAUAGUAGUAUGCAGUGUGUAUUAGUUUGCGGAAGCAAAGUAAAAAAUUAUUAUUAUUAUUAUUAUUAUGUACUUAUUUUUAGACAGAAUGUUUUUAAAUGCAUACAUAUGUCAAUAUUAUUAUCUCUUCAAGAUGGGUACACACUAGGCGAUGUGAUCGGUGAGUGACAUCAACUAGUGUUUCCCCUCCUGACGGCAGGCAUACACACUGCACGAUAUCACUAGCAAUAUCGCACAGUGACGUCAUACCGCGGCCAGCCGGAGUAUGCAGCUUUGGACGAUGAGUCCAAAUUGAGCUGCAUGCGCGUCUGAGACUGAGGCUGCGCAUCACUCGUCGUUGACUGCAUACACACUGGGUGAUAUGGUAAACUAUAUCGCUCAGAAGGUGGAAACUGAGCAAUAUAGUUUACUAUAUCACUUAACGAUAAAAUGAGCGACGUCGCUCAUUUUCCCCCUCCUUGAGCGUCGUCUCUCAUUUUAUCGUCAAGUGUGUAUGCCGCCAGCGACGACCGAUGCGCGGCCCCGCAGGUCGGCAAUGAUCAUCGCUGUCGGUAGGGCAUGCAUGAAGGAUGUGGACUGUCGUCCAUGACCUUCAUGCAGGGCUAGCGGGGGCGUGACGUCACUGAGCGAUAUGAGCGGUCAUAUCGCUCAGUGUGUAUAGUCGGCCGCCGGCCGGCCGGCCCGGGAGGGGGAAACAUUAGACGAUGUCGCUCGCAGAGCGACAUCGUCUAAUGUGUAUGGGCCUUAAGUGUGCAGGCACUCUUAGGUUUAGAAGUAUUUUAAAACUACUGUGAAGAAACUGCAUUUUGGCUGCCUCAAAUGCAAACACAUGCUUUCUCUAUAUCCUGGACACUACUUGCUGGGCUCCCUGCAUGGACAUUGCAAAGAAAUAACACUUGCUUCACUCUGAUUGUUUUUAAGUUUUCCCCUAAGACUCCUGCACUCCUUCCUCAGCACUUUCCCAAGCUGGACUUCUAUGAUCUGACUGAGUAUCUGCCCACCACUCUACCUGCUGCUGCUGUAGGCCAGGACUCUGUUUCCUGCACUCUGCUGACCACUGGAUGACUCCCUCGUCCUUCUCCCCACACCCUGCUGACCACCAGACUAAGGGGGGCAUGUACUAAGCAGUGAUAAAAGUGGAGAAGUGAGCCAGUGGAGAAGUGGCCCAUGGCUACCAAUCAGCUGCUCUGUAUAUGUUUAUAGUAUGCAAAUUAUAAAUGUUACGUCAAUGCUGAUUGGUUGCCAUGGGCAACUUCUAAUCCACCCUCCCUUUACCACUAUUUCCAAGACACUGGGGGAUAUACCCCAAAUCCAGUACAAACCCAGGUAAAUCUGGACUGUAGAGCACCUGUACCCUAACCCUCCCCCGAAUGCCCUAACCAAACCCACACCCUAAUACGUUAAUCUUAAUACUCUAACACUAAUACCCUAACCCAACUCUAAGUCUUCUCCUAACCAUAACCCCUAAACCUAUGCCCUAACUCUACUACCUGUUAGGUUCCUGGUGCUCAGAACAAGGGAGAUGUUAUGAAGCGAGUCCAGAGCACCAGGACGGAAUGCUGGGAAAGGGGAAUGGAAAGGGAAUAGCCCCUGGCGCCCUAUCUCCGUUGUCUCACCCGUGCUGUCAGUACACUCUUGCGAGACUAUGGUUGCUUGAGCCCAUGGCAGCCGCGUUUGAAGGGCGGAUUACGUCUGCCCAACUUCGAUGCCCCCUCAGGUCUUAAUGAGAGACAAAGAGUGAACCGAGACAGGGUGAUAACAAGGGGCCCUCUGACUAAACAACAAGGCCAGGGGCUACUAACAAACCUAAAACCAAAGUAUGUGCGGCUUGCCGCCAAAGGAAAAGAACAACAAAGGAAAUGCUGACCACACACCGACAAUACUCUUGUGUACCGGCGGUGACAGCAUAAGCAGAACCCUCUGCAAAACACCAGUGACAGAAAUAAUAAGGGAAUACAGCUGUCUACGCCAACGGACGCGGCCGUGCCACUACUCACGGAACCGGUACGAAUACUGGCAAACGGACAGGAACUCCCAAUGCUGCUGACACAGACUCUCAGAACUGGAGGACAGGCAGAAUCCCAAACGACAGACCGGUGGACACCAAGAAGCCAGAAACUUGCACAGGCAAAGGUACUGGACCUCAGGACAGGAACGCCUCACGGCAGGACACGGGAUCAGACAUAGGAAUCGACACAGGGACUGACACAGGAAGCUCAGGAACUAGCAGGAACCAAGCUCAGAACUCAAGCGGACUGAAAACCCAGGAAUAUCACCAGCAUCUGUGAAUUGCAAACAGCCAGCAUAUAACAGAGAGGCCUAAUUAAUAAUCCCAUGCAGCUGCCUUGUUGCAAGAUUCCAAACUGACCAGAUGCAAUUAGCAGCCAGGUGAGGCUGAACACAAGGGAACAAGCUGCAAUUACACAGACUCACCAGCGGCAGCAGACAAGAGUAUUCUAAAACAGAGCAACAGGAAAUCCUGGCAUGCAAGACAACUUUAUAAACAUAAAAUAGGAAUGAACCACUACCUGUGGUUCAUAACAGUAUCCCCUCCUUAAGGGUGAGCUCCGAGCACCCCAUGACACCCACGGGGAACAUAAACAGAAGUAUAACAUGAAAUACAGAACAAAACUGCAAAACAGGAAUGAGCCACAGCCGUGGCUCAUAACAUUACCCCCCCCCUUGAGGAGGGGUCAAAAGACCCCAAAAUUCAGAGUAUCCAGAACAAGGGAUACAAAAAAAAAACCUGACACACUGGUCUAACAGACAAGAAAACAAAAACAAGCUGUAGCAACAACUUGUAACAGUGCCCUCCCCUUGAUGGUGGCCACUGGACACAAGACAAGGGGAAAAAACAACUUUUUUUUAUCAAGGCAAGAGUCAAAAAUUAUUUCUUUUUCUUCUUCUUCUUUUUACAAAGCUCUUUAGGUCUGACCAAGGUAAUUCCCCACACAUUGUCUGAACUGAUGGUACCACCCAGCAAGGCUGCGUUCAAAUCAGAGACAGGUCUCUUACCCUUGGGAGCUGAACUUUCUGUUAAAGUACUAUUAUUAGAAGAAGAAGUCAGAAAAGCACAUCCUGCAGUCAAAACAACGGGCUGAGACUCUUGUGCUGAGUUUACAGUAUUUGGUGGACUCUCAGUAUAUAAGACGGGUGACCUAGAGGAACCUGAACCAAUUUCUUUGGAACCAUAUCUUUUAAUAAUUGCAUCACUGAAUGCUAGGGGAUCCUGAAGAAUGGGAUCUUCAGCUUUCAUUAGGCUGGUCGCCCACUCAAAAGGCUCUCCUCUAAAAGAAUAAAUCAGAUAAAGCACAAUGUUCUCUGAAGUGAUGCCCAGAAAUGGUCUAGACAACAUAAUAAUGUAAUAGUGUUUGUAAAGUGUCAAAAAUUGGGCUAAGUCCCCAUCAAAGAUUAUGGAUGUUGAGAUAUCAGAGUCAGGAUCUGUUUCCUUCUCAUCUGACUGACUGGAGUGCUUUGCUAGGACCUGGUCACUAUUGACCUUACUCGAGGCUGAGACUCUCUGAACCCCACCCGGGGCAGUGACUUUCUGAACCCCACCCGGGGCAGUGACUUUCUGAACCCCACCCGGGGCAGUGACUUUCUGAACCCCACCCGGGGCAGAGACUUUCUGAACCCCACCCGGGGCAGAGACUUCCUGAACCCCACCCGGGGCAGAGACUUCCUGAACCCCACCCGGGGCAGUGGCCUCCGGGAACCCCGCUGGGGCAGUGGCCUCCGGGAACCCCGCUGGGGCAGUGGCCUCCGGGAACCCCGCUGGGGCAGUGGCCUCCGGGAACCCCGCUGGGGCAGUGGCCUCCGGGAACCCCGCUGGGGCCAGCACCUCGGAUUCUUUUACUGGGACCGGGCCGUUGGCCUCCCUGACUGGGAUCGGGCCAUCGGCCUCCCUCUCUGAGUCGAUAAUUAUCGAAAGUUCUCCCGGGACUAUGACUUCCAGGACUUUUGCUGAAGCAAUAACGUUCAGAUCCUCCACUAAUGCUAUGCUUCUUAAGUUCUUUCCUGGGGAAGCGACUUCUAGACCCUUCUUUGGGGCUGCGUCUCUCGAGACCCCACUUGGGGAUAUUACUUCAAAGAUCCCUUCUGGGGUUUUGCUUCUCGAGUUCCCUUCAAGAACUAUGGUUUUAGAGACCCUUUCUUGGGUUGCGCUUUUCAAGUCCCUACCUGGGGUGACAGCUUCUGAGACCCCUUCCGGUAUGGACACCUGAACUAUAAUAUUUGAUGUCCCUCUAUAAGCUAGGGCAUCGGGUACCGCUCCAGCACUCUGGGCAUCGGGUACCGCUCCAGCACUCUGGGCAUCGGGUACCGCUCCAGCACUCUGGGCAUCGGGUACCGCUCCAGCACUCUGGGCAUCGAUUACCGCUCCAGCACUCUGGGCAUCGGGUACCGAUCCAGCACUCUGGGCAUCGGGUACCGCACCAAGAACCUGAGCAUCGGGCACCGCACCAAGAACCUGAGCAUCGGGCACCACUCCAGGACCCUGGGCUACGGGCACCAAUCCAGGACCCUGGGCUACGGGCACCACUCCAGGACCCUGGGCUACGGGCACCACUCCAGGACCCUGGGCAUCGGGCACCACUCCAGGACCCUGGGCAUCGGGCACCACUCCAGGACCCUGGGCAUCGGGCACCACUCCAGGGGCUUGCAACUCCGCUUCCACAGGAACCUCAAGAGAGGAGAAAAACAUUCUUUUUUGAUUCCUGAAUCUAUAAUGGGGCUCCCUUGCCCAAGGACCCCAAUUAUAGGACAGAGAGCUUUUUAGUGUGGGUUGUGUGACAAGUACCUCUUCCACAGUAGAGACAGGAGUAGGUCUUGUAUCCUGACUCAACUUGGCCAGAGGGCAAGACUCGUCACCACACUUUGGCUUGCGCAACUCACAGGUCUGCAGAUAGUGGCCUAAACCCCCACAAUAUAGGCACAAGUUUAAGUUUCUGCGACGCAGACGCUCCUCUUCUGAGAGCCUGGGCCGCAGAAAACUUUUAAAUCUUUUCUCUUCAAUUAAACCAGAGGAUUCUCUUGUCACCAUACUGUGAACAAGAGUCUCUUUAGAGAUAGAUGUACUCUCAACGACUUCUGGCAAGAUGAGCAAGAUUUUAGUCAGUAGGUUUUGCAGUUGCUUUAGGGAUUGCUGCAAAACUUCUAGUCGCUCUGGUCUCAAAGCACUGAAUACAGAGUUCAGGGCUGCGAGAGAUGCCUGCAGGGCUUGCAUAGUAGACAUAGGAGGAUUUAAAACUAGACAAGACAAGACAAGACAAGACAAGGCAAGACAAGGCAAGACUAAAUUUUGCUAAACAAAGCAAGACUUUUUUUUUUUUUAAACACCGGACUGGAUUCUAAACACCGGACUGGAUUCUAAACACCGGACUGGAUUCUAAACACCGGAUUCUAGACAAGUCUGGAUUCUAACACUGGACUGGAUUCUAAACACCGAAUUCUAGACAGGACUGGAUUCUAGACUAGACACUGGACUGGGCCAAAAAAGAAAAAAGUUUUAUUUCUUUUUUGUGGUAUGGCUGGUGAUAAUGUUAGGUUCCUGGUGCUCAGAACAAGGGAGAUGUUAUGAAGCGAGUCCAGAGCACCAGGACGGAAUGCUGGGAAAGGGGAAUGGAAAGGGAAUAGCCCCUGGCGCCCUAUCUCCGUUGUCUCACCUGUGCUGUCCGUACACUCUUGCGAGACUAUGGUUGCUUGAGCCCAAGGCAGCCGCGUUUGAAGGGCGGAUUACGUCUGCCCAACUUCGAUGCCCCCUCAGGUCUUAAUGAGAGACAAAGAGUGAACCGAGACAGGGUGAUAACAAGGGGCCCUCUGACUAAACAACAAGGCCAGGGGCUACUAACAAACCUAAAACCAAAGUAUGUGCGGCUUGCCGCCAAAGGAAAAGAACAACAAAGGAAAUGCUGACCACACACCGACAAUACUCUUGUGUACCGGCGGUGACAGCAUAAGCAGAACCCUCUGCAAAACACCAGUGACAGAAAUAAUAAGGGAAUACAGCGGCCUACGCCAACGGACGUGGCCGUGCCGCUACUCACGGAACCGGUACGAAUACUGGCAAACGGACAGGAACUCCCAAUGCUGCUGACACAGACUCUCAGAACUGGAGGACAGGCAGAAUCCCAAACGACAGACCGGUGGACACCAAGAAGCCAGAAACUUGCACAGGCAAAGGUACUGGACCUCAGGACAGGAACGCCUCACGGCAGGACACGGGAUCAGACAUAGGAAUCGACACAGGGACUGACACAGGAAGCUCAGGAACUAGCAGGAACCAAGUUCAGAACUCAAGCGGACUGAAAACCCAGGAAUAUCACCAGCAUCUGUGAAUUGCAAACAGCCAGCAUAUAACAGAGAGGCCUAAUUAAUAAUCCCAUGCAGCUGCCUUGUUGCAAGAUUCCAAACUGACCAGAUGCAAUUAGCAGCCAGGUGAGGCUGAACACAAGGGAACAAGCUGCAAUUACACAGACUCACCAGCGGCAGCAGACAAGAGUAUUCUAAAACAGAGCAACAGGAAAUCCUGGCAUGCAAGACAACUUUAUAAACAUAAAAUAGGAAUGAACCACUACCUGUGGUUCAUAACAGUAUCCCCUCCUUAAGGAUGAGCUCCGAGCACCCCAUGACACCCACGGGGAACAUAAACAGAAGUAUAACAUGAAAUACAGAACAAAACUGCAAAACAGGAAUGAGCCACAGCCGUGGCUCAUAACACUACCCCAACCCAAAUAACCUAACCAAAACCAUUAACCCAAAAUAAAUCCUUAACACUAUCACCCUAACUCUAAAGGGGCAGACUAGAUGGGCCAAUUGGUUUUUACCUAAAGUCCAAUUCUAUGUAUGUUUCUGUACAGAUUGUCGGCUAAAGUGCACAAAUAUUGGACUUAAUAAUCUUCUGUAAGUGCUCAAACAAGAUCCUUGGGAUAAAUUGUGAUAUGUAUUAAAAAAAGUACUCGACAUGAAAAAAAAGUUUGGGCUAGAUCUGGACACAAAUCUAAAAAAAUAAUGUCCAUUCGUUAUUGAAGUACUGUCAGAAUGUGAAUUUACGCACCAUCUUAUCAAAUAUCAGUGGUUCUGUUCUUUAUUUAUUUGAAUCUGUGGACCAUAUAAACAAAUUGAUGAGCAAGUAUAUAAUUUUAAUAGGGGUAGGUACACAUAUUGAUUGUGUUAACUUAAGAUAAUAAUAAUUAGAAUUAUAAUGAUAUUUAUAUAGCAAUUUUCUCUUAGUAGGACUCAAAGCUAUAGUUUGCCAUCCCAUAGAUUAAAAAUACCUGACUCUAAUGUCUUCUUCAAAAUAUCUGCUAAGCCUAAAUGUUCACAUACUUUGCCACUCACAGAUAUGUAAUAUUGAUCAGUUUCCUCAAUUAAAAAAUUAGCAUGUCUAA